GAUUUUUUUUUAAAUACUGUCUCUAAAAUUACGCACCGUAUAAUCGCUCCUUCAUGUGUCAUGCUCUAACUGUCAUAUCUCACCUCGGUACAUUGAAUAUCUUCAUCUUGUGUGACCGACACUGCAGCCCGGUUCAUUUCAUUAUACAAUUUCCUUUACUUUCCUAAGUAAAUGUUUAUUUAGACUAGAAUACAAAGUGCUAAUUACAAACUCUUAGCUCUAAACUCCCCUCUCAAUGGAAGACAUCAACGGCGAUAUCAUCCAAUGGAGGAAGCUGUGGCAGUUUGUUUCGGGCAUACAUUACGGCACACCAAACGCGGAUGUUAAGGAGAAGCUGUUCCAGGUGUCGAAGGAGCUGGUCGACGGAAUACUGCACUACAAAAAGCCUACCAAAGCCUCGGAGGAAAAGCUGCAGAAGCUGAUCAAAGACAGGAACCAGCUGAAGCUGCAACCGUUCGCCAACAAACUGCACCAAUAUUUGGACAUAGAUGCGGUACAAUCAUGGCAAAUAUUGUGCUACUAUCUGGUGAACGAGUACCGCGGUGCGGCAACGGCACUGGCGGAGUACAUUUCCACCGAAACGUCGAUGGUGAAGCUGCUGCACGACAUUUGGACGUACCACACGCUGGAGCGCAUGGUGCAGCUGAAGGUGAUGAAGAAUCUAUUGGAAUACUUCCACUCCGGCACCCAUCCGUACUCGAAGGAGUACCGCGAGGUGGUGGAAAAGAUGGGCCUUCAGGCUUUGCGCAAAUCCUAUCUCGCCCAGCUAACGCACCUGAUAGCGGAUCCGCCCAGCUCGCAGAAAGCGCCGCUCGCGGGCGAUCUGCUGCACGGCCAAACGAGGGUCGCCUGUGCCGAACGGCGGCUGAGAGAAACGAACGAAAUCCUGCAGAUCCUGCUGCUGAUCGUACACUACAGCGGCAUCAGCCCGGAGGAGCUGGACCAACUGUUCAAGCUGUUCCGCGAGCAUUCGUUCGGCAAGCAGCAGGAGCACCUGGACCCGGGGUCGGAAAUCCAUGCCGAGCUGGUGAAGCGCAUCACGUACAAUGAGCUUGCGCUGGUUUUCCGCACGCUCGAUCUUUCCGACAAGUUUGACGACGCGGGCUGGAUCGAGCGGGUGGUGGCCGCGCUCGACGGACCGAUGGUGUCGCUGCAUCAAUUUCCCGAGCACGGGCCACUGUUGCUCGUGUGGAUGCUGUUCAACUUUCGCCUGCAGCACACCGUCGAGGACGAGGACACGACGAGACGCUACCAGCAGCUGGGAUCGCGGGCCAUCAAGCUCGGCGUGUUUGAGUAUCUGCACGCGAUCGUAUCGCAUCCGAUGUUUAAGGACCAGAGCCUGACGGCCAGGAUCGUACGAAAGUCCAUCUUUAACCACCUGGGAUUUCUGUGCCAACUGUUCGAUGCAGACGAAUCGAUCGCCCAUCACAGCAACAUUUACGAUCUGCUGAGUGAGCUGCUCACCUCGCCAACAAUUGCAACAGAGUUUUGCAAAAUCGAGGAUCACCCGAUACGGGCACUGUUCAACAUCUGUUUGGAGCACUUUCCGGUCGAGUUUACACCGUUGUCAAAGGUGGCGUACGCGCUCGCAUCGGCCGGCUCGUCGCAGAACAAAUACAUACAGGAGCUGGUGGAAAAUCUGCCCGUCUAUACGGAGCUGUACACCGGGCAGAACCAGUACGAGAUACGGAAAGCCGCCAGCUCGAACGAGGACGAGUUCAUCCUGUGCCACGAUUACACCCCAUCGAGCAAGAUUAAUUUCACCAUCCCGCGCGGUACGAAGCUGAUCGUGCGGGACCUGCACAACCAGCGGACGUACGUGCACUUUAGCACAGGCUACAAUUACUUUAACGCACUGCACCACGAGAUAAACGAACUGCUCGAGGACGCGCAAGCGACCAGCACGCUGAACUUGGAGCGGGUGCAGCGGAUUGCGACCGGGUUGAAGUACCUGGCCGUGGCCGUCCGACGCAUACAGCAACCGCACGACAUCACCGCGGAAAUGGUACACCCGACGGAGAUGGUGUUCGAUGUGCUGCUCAAGUUCCGAGCCGUCCCGAACCCGCCGGUCGAUUUGCUGGUACAGUGCCUGAACGUGUGCACCGCGCUGGUGCCGCUGUUCGAGCAGGAAAUAUACACGCGCAUCAUCAAUCUCAACAUUCUGCCUUCGGUGAACAACGCGAAUCUAACGUACCAGGACUACGCCAACGGUGUGGGGUACGAUUCGAGCCUUAUCGGGUACUAUCUGAUGAACGUGGAGCGGAACGCUGGUCGCUAUCCGAUCCUGAUGGCGUACUUUAACUUCCUCAAAACCUACACCAAACUUGGGCGCGACAACGUGUUCGGCGUGGAGCUACCGGGCGCCAUAUUUCUACUGCGCGAGGUGCUGCCGUACGCCAACAACUGGCGUUUCGAAACGAGCUCCGACCGGUACCGGGUGCUGGUGUUCGUCGUCCAGUACAUCUACGAAAUUCUGCAGCUGAGCGAAGACAAGCUCGAGAGCGAUUAUGCGCGCCGCGUGCUGCGGGACGCUUGCGUGUACAGCCUGCUGAACCGUGACAACGGCAUGGUGCUGCUCAAAAUCGUCGGUCUCGGCAACGGCUACCUGCAGGCGGUGAUGGAGCGCGAAUCGAACUGGAUGCUCGUGCCGGAGCAGCAGCUAAACCUGAUGAUCCAGCAUUCGAUGACGAUACUGAUGCAGAUAUUGCGUCUGAAGUGGCACAUCCACGAGUACGACCUGUCCCCGCUGGAAUCGGCGAUCUACACGCAGCCAAAGCAGCGCGACACGCUGCGCAUCAUCCCGAUGGUGACGGGGUACAUGAGCAACAUCUUCAAUCCCCGGCUGCCUAUUCUGUCCUGCCGCCUGUUGCGCCGGUUUGCGAUCGAGUUUCGCAUGUCGCUGCUGGCGUGUUUGGACAUGGAACCGGACCAGAUCCGGCACACGUUCCUCGAGCGGCUGCACGAUGAAAUUGAGAGCGACGAUCUGAAGCUGGCCGUGCUGGAGUUUGUCGAAUCGUGCGUACACAAGCAGCCCGGAUUGACGGAAGCGUUCUUCAAGGUGAACUACGGCAAACCCGAUCGUCGGUUGCUGCUGGCAAAGGAUGGUGCGGCGGCCUCGGGCAGUAGUGGCAAGGGCCGCCCGAAAACGAUGAUUAACGACGGCAUACCGACGUACAUGGAGGAGUUUCUCGAGGCCAUUUCGAACGAUCCGGCCAAACUGGCCAGCCCGCUGCUGUCGCGCAUUAUGUCGCUGUUUCACGCGCUGUGGAAGAACAACAUGCAGGCGCUGGUGAAGGGUUUGCUGCAGAAGCCAAACUUUUGGUCCUCGCUGUGCAAUCCGCUGUUUAGCGAGCAGACCUCGAGCAAUGUGCGCUCGUACAGUCAGCUGUUCAACAUACUCGGCAUUGAACUGUUUCGCGUCAGCUCGGCUACCGGCCUCAAGAUGGGCCCGGAGCUGACGAAGGUGUUCGAACGCUUCACCCAAACGUUCGGCAUCUUCAAGCGGUGGGUUGAUAUUGUGCUUGAGCUGCCGCACGCUGACACCCACCGGCAGACGGCAGAUGGAAGCGAAGGCAAUGUGAGCGUCGGUUCCGGCGGAGGAGGUGGCGGCCGUACUGAUAAUGCCAAUGAUCCUACGCCCGACUGGCUAGGACGGUUGCAAUCGUUCAAGGAUUUGAUCGUGCUGAUCGUACGCAAAAAAGAGCCCGGCAUUUCGCUGCCCGAUCGAUGCAAAACGUACCUAGCGGAGCGGUUGCUGGCGGUGCUGGUCGAACGGGUGGAGCAACUGCAGGAUUUGCGCCCACUGAUCGUACUGUCGGAGCUGUACCUGAUCGUGCUGUCCGAUUUCGAUCACAAGUUUACCGAGGACGCGACCAAGGACGACCAGAUGCUGGGGCAGAUCGAAACGCUGCUCAGUCUGCUGGCCAUUUCGUACGCCGAUAUACACCAGCGGGCCAAGGAGGCGUUGCUGGCGAUCGGCAUUAAGACGGUCGAACUGCAGGCCGACUGUUUGCUGCAGAACUACACGCUCGCGGCGGAGAUAACGCGCGCGGCAGUGGACAUUGCCGGGGAGGAGAUACACGCGCUCGAGCUUGCCAUUCAGGCGCACGGGCUGAAGGCCAAAACGGUGAGCGACGCGAUCGAGGGCAAGCAGUACAAUUCGCUACUGCUAGCGACACCUAUCGAGUAUCGUCUAAAGCUGAUGAAAGGCGACGAGGAUAAACGUACGUCGCAACCCUAUCGUGAAUUAGUAGGUUGUCUGAUGUAUGCAGCUCAGACGACAAGACCUGAUCUGGCCGCUGCAGUGAACUUCUUCAGUCAGUAUCAGAGUUGUCCAACGGACGAGCAUUGGACACAUCUCAAGAGAAUCCUUCGCUACAUACAAGGAUCUCUAGAUGUGGGGCUCGUGUAUCGCAGAGGCAGAGGAAAAGCGCUGGAGGUGUAUUCGGAUGCAGAUUGGGCCAAUGACCCCAACGAUAGACGAUCAGUGAGCGGAAGCGUUUUCAAAAUGUUCGGAUCGACCGUGGCCUGGAUCACCCGGAAACAACCCAAGUAG